ACAUGUGACCAUUAAAUUACUAUUUUUCAUCGUUAACUUACUGUUUUUCACCAUUAAAUAAUGGACACGUCAACUGUUUUUUGUACGGAAUGACUAAUCUGAGGCAAAUUGAUCCCCGUGUUUUUUCAUCUCAUCUCACCGUCUUCGACGAUCAUCUUUUCGAUCUCAUCAUCUUCACUGAUCAUCACCAGCUGGCCACAGCCACUGGAAAGAAAGGGAGCAGAUGGGAGAACGGAUCUGGGUUUGAAGGCGGGGAUCAUUGGCAGAUCUGGGUUUUGGAAAAAAGAGAUCAGAUCAGUUGCACAACCCCUUCGCCGUUUCCAGCCGCAGAAAACGAGAGGUUUCAUUCCAAUUUUGUAAAUGCAGGUAUAAUUAGUUCUCUACGGCCUAUACCUACGCGUUUAAAAAUUGUAACAAUAUAAUUAUAAACGUAGCUGGUUAUCUUUAGUUACAGUAACUAUGUUAUCUAAUGUAUAACUAUAAUUUUUAGAAGGGUUAUAGCUACGUUUUUUGGAAUUUUAGUUAUAGUUUUUGUGUGUAGAUAAAUGACAAUUUAGAUG